AUGAUCACUGCUUCUACAAAUCUUACUGGCAUUAUCACUACAAAUGCAUUAGUAAUAUAUGCUACAAAUGCAUCAGUAACAAAUAUUAUUAAUGCAAAUGUAAUGAAAACAAUCAGUAGCAGUCCUAAUGUUAAGAGUGCAAAUGUUACUACUUUAAAUACUACUAAAACAACUGUUAAUACUAUAAAUAAAGUAGAAAUGUCUGUUAUAGCAACAGAUACCAUGAGAAUAAAUGCUCAAAUGAAUUUAGCCACUGUUCUCUGCGAAGUCGAUUAUAACCUCUUGCAAAAGUUUUAUGCUAAAAUGGAUAGAUUAAAGCAUGCUCAUUGUUUUAUAUGUAAUGAAAGUUUUCUAUCAAUAGUACUCAUAAAUGGACAAUGCUAUUACUGUUAUAGUAAAAAGAUGCUUUCUAAAAAAUUCUUUCAAGAAAACAACAUGGACCCCAGUGAAGUUUCUGUAGAAUUAAAAGAUCUCAUAUAA